AUGGCAUCUCCACCAUCAACGCCUCCCAUUGCCUCCUCCACCACCGGCAGUAAAAACAAACCUUCCCUCUCUCAAGAACACCUCACAGCAACAGAAACAGCUCUCGAUACCCUCACGACUUCCGUUACUUCCAAUCAUUCCACAGACCCAAAGGAGCAACUCCAUGCUCCCGCGAAUAAGGACACUUCACACGCCUGGCUCCGCUCUCUCUUUCCCUAUAACUCAUUGCAAGAAUUCGAAACGGCCUGGCAUUUGGGGAAUUAUGUCCUGCAUCGCAAGAGUGGGGAGAAGGAAUUCGAGGAGAUGAGCAUUUAUGUUCGGUUGGGAAUGCAUCUCCUCUACUACGGAACCGAGCAGGAAAAAGCCCUGCAUUGGAAACGCACACAGGCCAUGCUGAAGGAACAAAGUGUGAAGAUGGGCAAGAUGUAUGAUGAGCCCGAGAGUAAAGAGCAUAUUGAACCGUUUAUUGAGAGUUUUGGAUUGCAGGAUUCUUUGUCGGACCUGAAGGAACCCGACCCAACCAAAUACCCAACUUUCAACGCCUUCUUCGCCCGCGAAAUCAAACCUUCCGCACGACCCAUCACAUCCCCCGCCAUCCCUCAUGUGGUAUCCAGCCCGGCAGACUGCCGCCUUACAGUCUUCCCGACAAUCACCCUCGCCACGAAAUUCUGGAUCAAAGGCUUCGGAUUCUCCCUCCCGUCUCUCUUAAAAUCUCCAUCGCUGGCCCAGGAAUUCUCCGCAGGAUCCAUCAACAUCGCGCGUUUGGCUCCGCAAGACUAUCAUCGUUGGCACUCUCCUAUCGAUGGGAUUGUGGAGAGCAUCACGGAAAUCGAUGGUACUUAUUACACGGUGAAUCCACAAGCUGUGUGUGAGGAAGGGACAUUGGAUGUUUUUUGUGAGAAUCGCAGGAGUGUGAUGGUCUUGAAGAGGAAGGGGAGUGGGAGGAGGGUUGCGAUUGUUGCUGUGGGCGCGAUGUUGGUCGGGAGUGUGAGGUAUGUUUAUGGGGUGAAUGUUGUUGGGAAGGAGGUUCGGAGAGGGGAGUGUUUGGGUUGGUUCCAGUAUGGAGGCAGCACGGUCAUUGUGCUAUAUCCUGAGGGAGAGGUGGUGCUUGAUGAUGAUUUGGUGAAGAAUUCGACGGAGAAGGUUUGUGAAACGCUGGUGAGAGUUGGGGAAAGGGUCGGAGAGGGUCCGUUGAAGUAG